CCAAGUUCUGCGCCCUCGGAAGGCCCGUGCCGUCUCCCGGGCGGGCGGGCCCAGGCGGCUUUCCGCCCUCUUCCAAGAUGGCCGCCGCCGCUUCUGUGACAGGCCUGAUCACGUGGGCGCCGUCGCCUAUGAGGUGGCCGCGGCUCCGGCGGCGAUUGUCCCUUCCCGGGCCCCGUCCCGAGGAGGCGACUGCCCUUGUCAACCGAAGCCUGAGCGAUCAUGGCAACGGGCUCGGGCGGGGAGCGCGUGGCCGCGGCGGCAGUUUGGUCGCGGGCCGGGGCGGCGGAGCGGCGGCGGCGGCGGCGGCGGCACUGGCGCUGGCACCGGCCCUGAGCGCCAUGCAGCGGGGCAGCUCCGAGAGGGAGCUGGCGGCCGGGUGGGAGGCGGAGGCGGUGGCGGUGGCCGAAGCGCCGGCGGCGGCGGCGGAGCAGGGCGGCGUGGACUCGGGCGCGGCCGGGGAGCCGGAGCGCGAGGCGCCGGAGGAGCGGCCCAGGGAGGGGGCCCCGGCGCAGCCCCGCGCGGCCGAGGAGGGGGACGCCCGCGUCGUCCCGCGGCCGCUGCCCUCGCUGCCCCUGGCCAAGCCGCAGCCGGCGCGGGCGCGGGGCCUCUGUCCGCACCGGAAGCCCCGGAGCAAGGGCCGGGGCUGCCGGCGGAGCUCGGGCCGCUCGGCGGACGAGUACUGCUCCCAGCGGCCGGUCACCGUGGACAGCUCCAAGGCCAGGACCUCCCUGGACGCCCUGAAGAUCAGCAUCCGCCAGCUCAAGUGGAAGGAGUUCCCAUUCGGCCGACGCUUGCCUUGUGACAUCUACUGGCAUGGAGUUUCAUUUCACGACAAUGACAUAUUCUCCGGCCAAGUGAACAAGUUUCCAGGCAUGACGGAGAUGGUGCGUAAAAUUACUCUGAGCAGAGCCGUGAGAAUCAUGCAGAAUCUCUUUCCUGAGGAGUACAACUUCUAUCCUCGCUCAUGGAUUCUGCCUGACGAGUUCCAGCUCUUUGUUGCUCAGGUUCGAAUGGUGAAAGAUGGCGACCCCUCCUGGAAGCCCACUUUUAUUGUGAAGCCUGACAGUGGUUGUCAGGGCGAUGGCAUCUACCUCAUUAAAGACCCCAGUGACAUCCGCCUGGCAGGGACCCUUCAGAGCCGACCAGCGGUGGUCCAGGAGUACAUCUGCAAACCUCUUCUGAUUGACAAGCUCAAGUUUGACAUUCGUCUGUAUGUCUUACUCAAGUCCUUAGACCCCUUAGAGAUUUAUAUAGCCAAAGAUGGACUCUCUAGAUUUUGUACAGAGCCAUAUCAGGAGCCCAACCCCAAAAAUCUGCACCACAUCUUUAUGCACUUAACCAACUAUUCCCUGAACAUCCACAGUGGUAACUUUGUCCAUUCGGACAGCGCUAGCACGGGCAGCAAAAGGACUUUCUCUAGCAUCCUUUGUAGGUUGUCUUCCAAAGGUGUUGACAUCAAGAAGGUCUGGUCUGAUAUCAUCUCCCUGGUGAUUAAGACUGUCAUUGCCCUGACUCCAGAGCUCAAAGUUUUCUACCAGUCGGACAUCCCCGCGGGGAGGCCGGGGCCCACGUGCUUCCAGAUUUUAGGCUUUGACAUUCUUCUAAUGAAAAACCUGAAGCCUAUCCUACUUGAAGUAAAUGCGAAUCCCAGCAUGAGAAUCGAACAUGAGCAAGAACUUUCUCCAGGGGUGUUUGAAAAUGUCCCCAGCCUUGUCGAUGAGGAAGUGAAGGUGGCCGUGAUCAGAGACACGCUGCGCCUCAUGGACCCACUCAAGAACAAAAGAGAGAACCAGUCUCAGCAGCUCAAGCAGCCACUAGCUGUGAAGGAAGAUCCUUCCGACAGCGAGCCGGCCAACGCCUCCGACAGCAACCGCAAUCCCGAAGCCCACCUGCCGUCCAUCUGCCUCAAGCAGGUGUUCCCCAAGUACGCCAAGCAGUUCAACUACCUACGUCUGGUGGACAGAAUGGCAAAUUUGUUUAUCCGGUUCCUGGGAAUCAAGGGGACAAUGAAGCUGGGGCCAACAGGCUUCCGGACUUUCAUAAGGAACUGCAAGCUCAGCAGCAGCAGCUUGUCCAUGGCGGCUGUGGACAUCCUCUAUAUUGACAUCACAAGGAGGUGGAACUCCAUGACCCUGGACCAGCGGGACUCGGGCAUGUGCUUGCAGGCCUUCGUGGAGGCUUUCUUCUACCUGGCUCAGAGGAAGUUCAAGAUGCUGCCUCUCCACGAGCAGGUGGCCUCACUGAUCGACCUGUGUGAGUACCACCUGUCCCUCCUGGACGAAAAGCGCCUGGUGUGUGGCCAGAGCAGCACGUCGGGGGGCCGGCCCCCAGACAGCGGCACCCCCCAGGAGGCCGCCCCCUCGGCUCAGCUGGCAGAGGGCAACCCCCCGUCCUGCACAAACAGCUCCCACAAGUUCUCCCAUUCCAGACACGCGCUGUCCUGAGGGCCACUCGAUGCUGCCGGUGAAGAGCGAGCCCUUCAGGGCCGAAGAGACCCCUCUGGGCUUCCCGCCUGCGGAGAGGGGGCAGGCUGCGGAGAGGUCCUGCUGGAGAGCCCCCUACUUGUCUCCACGUCCUGCUCGGCUGUGCUUCGAAAGGCUGAUGAUUCCCCGCCCGCCUUCCUCUUGGUGGUCCAACUAUUCAUGAGUCAUCGGUGGACAUACGACAUCCAAAACGUGACAGAUGGCAUCUUCUAUUCUGGGCUCACAGGAAGCAACAACCAGGGUAAAACUGUUGUACUGGGGGCAUGGGGCGCCCGCGGUGCCCGGCCUGAGAUGUGGCGAGGAAAGAACUCGAGGAAGCCGCGUCCCGGGUCUGCCGGGGCCUCCGAGAGAACACUGUUCAGUCCCAGGGACAUCAUGUUUACUUCCUACCAGCGAGCUGUGAAAAUCAAGCGGCCCUAGCAAGUGGGCAGACGCGACUCUCCCGUGCCAAUCGUGUGCUACAUGGGUGCAGUUAACAGAUUGGCCUCAUUUAUUUCCUUAGCUUGCCUGUUGCUGCAGUGAUCGCUUUGUUAUUAAUUAAGAAAUAAUUAACCAAGAAGUAACUAAGGAAGGAUCCGAGAGUCUUAGAGUGGACAGGAGCCUCAGAGGUCAUUUUGUUUGAUUUUGUUUGACCUUGACCCCAGGCCGGUGUCCCACCGUCACGUGGCUUCUGGUUGCCCACCCUCCCUCCCCUCCA